UUGCUGAAGCUUUCCACGUAUCCUAGAGCCAUGGCUGCUACAAACCCAUCCUACUACCAGAGUGGUCUUUGCCAAGAGAUCAAGCAAAAGGAUCAUAGCUUCCAGUUGUACAUGUUCCAGCACGUCCAAACAACACCAGGUGAAAACCAACUAGUCAUUGUGAACCCGCCAAAUACUGUUAAAGGUUUUGGUGUCACUGCCGCCAAUGACUGGACCAUACGCGAUGGUCCGGAUGCCACCGCAAAUGUCGUUGCAAGAGCUCGAGGCUUUCACAUUGCCGAUGGUAAAGCGGAUACAAACUGGUUAUUUUGUCAUAGCAUUUUGUUCACUGAUGCCAGGUUUAAGGGGUCUAGCCUUAAGGUUCUAGGAGAUUACGCUGGCAUAGAUAGUGAAUGGGCCAUUGUGGGUGGGACAGGAGAGUUUGCCUAUGCACAUGGUGUCGUAACAGCCAAAACUCCUAUCACUAAGAUGGGACCUUGGGGUGGGAACGGCGGGACAACUUUUGAUAUCAUCCCAGAAGAACCUCGCUCCCUUCAAGACGUGACAAUUAAAUGUGGGGAUGUUAUUAACUCGGUUGCUUUCUCCUACACCAAUCAAGCUGGCCAAACCAAAACUGCAGGACCAUGGGGUGGGGAUGGUGCACUUACUGUGAAAGUCACCCUUGCCUCUUUAGAAACCAUAAAGCAAAUCCAAGGAACGACUGAUGCAGUUGGAGGUGACACUGUUGUCACGUCCCUUACUUUGAUCAGUAACCUCAGAGCAUAUGGGCCAUUUGGAAAGACAAAUGGUACUCCUUUCAGCAGUCAGGUGCCAGAUGAAAACAUCAUCACUGGAUUCUAUGCACGCACUGGUGGAUCUGUUAACGCGUUGGGCGUUUACGCGUGCCCUAAGUAG